AUGUCUGACGAAAUCGCUGCUGAUCCCGAUUUCUAUGGCCUGGAUGACGACUAUGGCCCUGACGACUUCCAAUCAGAGACUACGUCUAUCUCCUCGUCGAUCGCGAAGGGUCGGUUGGAAAAUGGCAGAAGAUACCAGGCGCUGAAGGAUGAUGACUAUUGGAGUCCGUCCGAUGAGCAGCAAUUCGAGGCUUUUGAAAUUGGCCACAUGGUCUUCCUUGUUUUGGACUAUCACCAGCCAAACGCUCUCCAUCAUGCUCCCAUCGGCAAAAAUCCGAAGUGGACGUUUCAGCACAUUCUUGAUAUUGGGACUGGUAAAGGAAACUGGGCCAUCGAUGCUGCGGAUAUGUAUCCUUCUGCGACUGUUCGUGGCGUGGAUAUCUUCCCUCCUCCUGUGACUUGGACGCCGCCCAACUGCGUGUUUGAAGUAGAUGAUAUUCUACGCCCUUGGACUUGGAGAGAGCCGUUUGAUUUCAUCCACCUUCGUCUGAUGCUGGGAGCAUUCACACCUGAGGGAUGGGACCAAGUGUACAAGCAGUGUUACGAUGCUCUCGAGCCAGGUGGCUGGAUUGAACAGAUUGAAUUGGACGUUCGAGUGUACAGCGAUGACAAUACCCUGGAGGAAGGAGGCUAUUUGGCUGGAUGGGGAGAUAACUUCAUUGGCUGCUCUGAAAGAGCAGGCCGCUCCCUGUUGACGCAAGAAACAAUGCUAGGUGCAAUGAAGAAGGCCGGCUUUGUGGAUACGAAAGAAAAGCUCUACAAGAUCCCUUUGGGCCCGUGGCCAAAAGACAAGAUUCUCAAAGAGGCUGGACAGCUUCAAUACCUCCAUUGGACAGCUGCUCUUGAGGGCUGGGCUAUGUGGCUUCUCACUAAGCAUGGAGCGCCAUCUCCGUGGUCUAAAGACGAAGUCAGUGUCUAUCUUGCCAAGGUUCGGGCUGAGUUGAAAAAUCCUCGCACCCAUGCCUAUGAAUAUGCUCGCCGUGUCUGGGCUCGGAAGCCUACCGAGGAGGAAGCCAAAGCGUCUGUGGAGGUUAAGGUUGAGCCAUCGUCAUAA